CAAGUCAUCCGCGCGUUCGGCGCGGACAAAUCAGCGAGACCUGAGCGAGACUGUGGCUGAUCUAACCUUGCUCAGCAAGGAAAUCUAAUGACAAGAAUUGCCUGAUUCAGCAAGUCUUCUAUGCACGAUGAAAGGAAUUAAAAAAUGAGCGGACUUAAAAUCAAUAACUCACCAGACAUAUAAACUCGACUUCAACAGCUGUUCUGCCAUAAUUUUUAUUUCCAUGUUCAGAUCAAUUUCAUUGCACUCUAGAUUCACCACAAGCAAUAUUAGAGUUACGUCAAGGUUGACGCUUCCCCAGAACCACUUCUCCACAAACACAGUCAUGCCAGGAAAAUACGCAGCCGUCCAUGGACCCGAGAACGAGAACGGACCCGGCGAUGCUCGUCCCACCGCACUUCAAAUUAUCAAAGACGAAGGUCUCGAGGGCAAAAUGUCAGACAAAGUCUUUCUUGUAACGGGCACCUCAGCUGGGAUCGGCCCGGAGACUGGACGCGCAUUCGCAGCAACUGGCGGUAAAGUAUUCAUGACAGUUCGGGACCUGAAGAAAGGCGAGGAAGCAUGCAAGUCGUUUCUCGAACCUGGACGAGUCGAACUUCUCGAGAUGGACAAUCAAAAUCUGGAUAGCGUGAGGAAAGCUGCCCAAAACUUUCUCAGCAAGAGUAACAAACUCAACGUUCUUGUCUGCAAUGCCGGGAUUAUGGCUGCUCCAUACCAGAAGACGAAAGAUGGAUUCGAGAGUCAAUUUCAAACAAAUCAUCUGUCGCACUUCUUGCUCUUCCAGCUUCUCAAAGACACGAUGCUGAAGUCAUCGACGCCGGACUUCCACUCGAGAGUGGUGACGGUUUCUUCGACUGGGCAUGCUGCUGGCGAGGUCCAGUUCGGGAACUACGAUUUCAGCGAUGGGAAAGAUUACACACCAUGGGGAGGGUAUGGACAAUCGAAGACUGCCAAUAUCUACAUGACGAACGAGAUCGAGAAUCGCUAUGCUGAGAAAGGACUGCAUGGCAUCUCGCUACAUCCGGGUGGAAUAUGGAGUGGACUGCAGAAAUUUGUAGCACCAGAGACCAUGGCAGAAUGGAAAGCAAGACCUAAUGUUGACAAGCACAUCAAGAGCUACGAACAGGGUGCUGCAACUUCGGUAUAUGCAGCUGUUGGUAAAGUGUUUGAGAAGAAGGGCAGGCUUUAUUUGGUAGAUUGUGAUGUCGAGUCGCCGAAGACGAAUGGGAAAGAAGGUGCCAUCGACGACACGAGACAGGGCUAUAGCCCUCAUAUUUUUGACAAGGAAAAGGAAGCGAGGUUGUGGGAAGAUUCGCUGAAGAUGGUAGGAGUAACAGAUUCGUGAACAGAAACUUGGGCGGAUAUUUGGACGAAGAUGAAUGGAAAAAGUUGUGCAUUAUUGCCUCAUCGAACC